AUGGCCGUCUCUACACAUUUUCCGCUAUACUUUUUCACGCUCAUAUUUCUUGUGACAUUCGUUAUAACCGAAAAUUUGUUAGUCAUCGCAUCCGAACAAAAUAAAGAAAGUGAAUAUUUGCAAUUACUUGAAAGAAUUAAAACAGAAAUCGAAGAAAAUUCUUCAAUACAAAAUGGUGGCAUAAACAUUGACCCUGAAAUUUCUACCGAAUUAAGAGAAUGGAUAGCGGGUGUCACGAAACUUUGCAUAAGUGGAAAAGUCUCUUCGGUUUUUGAAGAAUUAGAACCACCAAGAGAAAUUAUAGAGUUGAUUAACUAUAUUGAUAAUUCUGGAACACGCCGCAAAGAUCAAGAAAAGGAAAUAGAUGUUUUGAAGGCUAACAUAAUAUUGGACACUAUUUAUGAUACCGUGGAUCGAGAUCUACCUUAUUUUCGAUCCGAAGAAGACUUUUCACCAUAUGCACCUCGUUAUUCACCAUUGCAAACAAUUCUCAGCUCCAUUGUAAUCCGUUCUCAGCAGACGAUAGACACAUAUUUAUCGACAUCCAUUUGUACCACGACGAACGAAACUUUUCAUAGACUUGCAGAUAAGUCGAUAUUCUACAAUUCUUUGUCAUCCGGCUUAUCAUCAUCAAUCCUGACUCAUGAUUCGAAGAAUUUCGGGUUCGGCAAAAAAACCAACGUGUUUGUCGAUACCAUAAGCACGCUUUCCAUCCAAAUUCACAUGAUCAAAUCUGUAGCAUCCUUGGCAAAUUUAGACACCAACGAUGACACAGUCAGAACAUUAGUUUAUCUAUGCAUCGCGUCUAACGGAAUAAAGAAUCCACUGACCAAAACAGCGAGAGAAUUGGCCAUGAUGACUAUGCAAAGGAUGGUGCCGAAUAUUCCGACUUCUGCUUUGAAAAUUAUCAAUAAACAAAUUUCUAUGAAAUUAAUUGAAAAGAAAGAGGGGGAAGAAGAAUUUGUUAACUGGGUCUCAACGAUUCCUUUUGCCGGAAAGUUGGCCAUGUUUGUCUGUGAUUCGAUGGCAACUUAUGGAGUUGGUAAAACCGCAAAAUAUUUAUUUUGUCCGUCAGAAAAAAUUCGAACUGAAGAUACCUCAAAAUCUUCACCUAAUAAUAAUGAACUUUAG